AUGGAACAAGAAAUUAAGUUACCUAUUUUUAUUAAAGUUUCUAUUUUUAUCUUUUUUAGUGCGAUAUGUCAUUUUUUCAGUUAUAUGAGUAUCUUUGACAAGUUCCUCUGUGAGAAACAAACCAUUGGAAGUAAAUUAGAUAUAAAAACUUAUAGAUUACUUGCAGAAUGUAAACAGGAUAAAUAUUCAAAUGUUUUAUAUUUAAAAAAAGAGAUGCCUAAUAAUAUAACGAAAAACGAAAAAUAUAUAAAUAUGAACGAUAAGGGCGAUAGACGAAAAAUGAAACAACAAGAUGUACGUUCACUAAAUAAUACUGGAGACCAUAAACUGUGUAAGAAAAAUAAGUCUAAUAUAUUUGAGACAAUAAAAUUAUCCCAUAUGGAAAAAAACAUAUUCAAAGAACUUGAUUUUGAAGAUUUUCUUAAAAAUAACAGGACAAUUAGUUACAAAACUUACAAAAAAAUAAUACGUAAAAAAUUAGCAUUACGAUUUUCUGUACCUUUAUUAUUGUUAUUAUUGUUAUCAGUAUCAAUGAUAAUAAAUUUUUCUUGCUUUCGUUUUAUUAUAAAGGGGUUGUUUUAUACAUUGCGUUUGUACCUUGGAGGUUCGUGGUACGGUUCUUUAAAUAGCUUAUUGAAAAAUUCUACUUUAGAUUUUUUAUUCAAGUCUGAGAAAACAAUAAAAUUAAAAAAAUGGAUUAAGGUAAGCCGUAUGUCGGUGACCAUAGAUGACUACGAUUACGUAUAUGGCUUUUUUAGGUAUCUAUUAUGUUUAAUAUAUUUAAUAGCUUUCUUAAUAUUAGGUGUAACACUUAUAUUAGGAAUCGUUUACUACCAUAAAAAAGUAAAAAAAUAUCAAAAAAUUAAGUUCAUAAAAAAGUAA